UUUGCCCGUGAGUCAUGCUGACCUCUCCCAUGCCCUCGCCAGCAGUGAGAGAGAGAGAUUAUGGUCUGGCCCUUCCGGCCGCAGAGCCCUCCCCGAGCUGGCCGGCACAGGAGCUCAUCAUCCCCUGGGAGGGGCCCGCUGCUCCCCCCGUUAUCUGCCCGGGACACCCCCGCGGCUGCGCGGCUCUGGCCCGUCCGCCGGCCCCGCGGAGCCCGCCGCGUCCCGGCGCUCGGCAUCUGCCCCGCCGCCCGCUCCCCCGUGAGCCCCCGGAGCCUCGGGUCCUGCCCCGGCUCGGGUCACGGCCCCGCCGACAGAGCGGGGCCAGGAUCCGGCUCCGGCAGCCCCGGGGAGUGCCGCAGAGGCUGGGGCUGGGGAACAACAGGAUGCCGGCUGCCGGAGCCGGGAGAUGAUGGGCUGAGCAUCCGUCCCGGAGGCACCGCAGGGCCAUGAGCUCCCCGUGCGGCCCUGACUCGGAUAUCGCAGACUGGCUAGCCACCAUCCACUUGGAGCGGUACCGGGAUGUCUUCAAGCAGCACGGAUACCAUGUGGCCAGAGAUGCCACCUCGCUGGACAGCCGCCACCUGCAGCAGAUCGGCAUCACCGCCACCGGGCACCGCAAGCGGAUCCUCGCCCUGGCGCAGCAGACUCGGAUGCUGAGCCAAUCCUGGGGCGGAGCUGCGGCAGCGGACACCCAUUCCCGAGGCACGGAGGUGCUGGAUGCCCCCCAGGAGGGCAAGGAUGCCAUGAGAGCAGAGUCGGGAGGGACCAGUGACGCCUUUGGGACGCAGCAGCGUGUCACCGUGCCCAGCCAGGCACCGCCUGGAGACAAGGACGCUGCUCCUCCCGCCCUGAAGCCGGUUCCCAAGCCGAGGACGGUUUUCCCUCGCUCAAAGCCGGAGCAGGGAUUAGUGCCCGUGCCCCCGGCACGCUCCGCGGUGCCAGCACACGGCCCGGGCAGCGAGAGGGCACCGGCAGCCUUUGUGGUACUGGAGGGGUUUGUGCCAGGAGAGAGCUCCACGGAUUUGGAAAGCCCGGAGCCCGGCGCUGCUCCAGGGGCAGCCGUGGCCAUGGGUGCGAUCGCGUCCCGGCUGCGAGGGCGGGACAGCGCUCGGGAGGAGACGCGGCCACCCCCGAGUCACGGACAAACCCCGGAGACACGGGAGACAUCGCCCCCGUCCGUGCCGUCCGUGCCGCCCCGGCACAGGCACAGGGGCCUGGCAGCCGAGCCCAGCCCUGGCAGUGCCCAGGAGAGCCCCCCCGGCCCCGGCCCCGCUGCCCUGCCCGCCCCGGCCAGGAGAGACCCCUCGCCGUGCCGCCGGGCAGCCGCCUCGCAGCCGGGCUCGGGGCAGCCCCGGCUGGAGAUGGUGUCCAACGUCAUCUACGAAGGGCUGGAGCGGCCGGCAGCAGCCGCGGAGGAGCCGGCAGGGGAGGACGGGCCCCGGGCUGAGGGGGUCCCGCAGCCCCCCGCUCCGUCCCCGCAGGAGCACACCCGGCCGGAGGACAGUCCUGGCUGGCCUGGGGCCCUGCCCCCCAUCCCGCAGAGACCCACCGGCAGGCCAGAGGGGAAUGAUCUGCCCAUCACCCCCUACGGCGAGACCGUCUUUGGCCAUGUGGCCCUGCCCCGGGAGCCAAAGGGUGUUGGCAUCUCCUCUGAGCAGAGCUACGAGGCCGUGUCCGAGCUGGAGCUGGAGCGGGAAGGCUGCAGGUAGGGACCAGCUCCUCGGGGCCACAGGGGCUGGGCUGGGCCUCAGGGGACAGGCCACAGCCCUGGGGACAGCCUGAGAGGGGAUGGGGUUCUUACCCCGUGGCAGAGCUGAUGAGGAGCCUCUGGGAUGGUGUCAGCAGCCUCUAGAAGAUCGGAUGGGUUUGGAGAUGAGAAGGAGCUGUGCUGGUGGUGGCCCUCGGGGGACAGAAGAGAUUUCUGAGGGCACAGCUGGGACAGCACCAGUGGCACUGCACACCUGUGCACCCAGAGGAGCCUGGGUUUGGGCUCUGGGAACAGGAAAACACCAUGGGGGACAGGGAUUACUCAGAAAUUAACUGGCUCCAAGCUCCAGAUGAGGGGUUGUGCAAUCCCUGGAGGCUCCAGCAGCAUCAGAUCAGCAUCUGCUGCUCAGUCACUCUGGUGGUGGACAGUGAAAUUGUGAGAGGCACCUUUAAAACGCUUUUGAAAUGUACUUUCCAUAACUCCUGAUAGCAUCUCAGAAAGAGGAAGGAAAGCUGCUCUUCCCAUUUCGGAUGGGGAGGGUUCCUUUUCCUGUGCUGCUUAGAGAGGAGGAGGUGAGCUGCAGCUCUGUGGCCUCCAGCCCUGCUGUGGCCUUGCUGGCCCGUCUUGCCCACUGUGGGGACGCUCCCAGUGCCUCUCAUGCCCUGGGUGUGUGGCACCUGAUCCAGCACAGAUCACAGCCACGGAUGGAGAACUUCAAAUACCCGGGAACCGGAGUUCUGUACACAGAAACACUGAAAUCUCCUGUGGAGCCUCUGAAUCAGCUCAGAGGGGAGCUGGGCACUGACCUGUCUGCAUCCAGGGGCUUCCAGGGAGCUGGGAUCCAGAACAUCCCAAGGGAACUGGCCAGGCACUCCAGCUGUGGGAUUUUGCAGCUGGCCUUGCUGAGAAGAGGCAGGAUGUGACCAUCCGCAGUGUCUGGGGCAGCAGCUCACAGGUUUUUUCCCCCAGCCCAAGCAGGGCUGGAGUGUGGAGAGUGGAACAGGAGACAGAAAAGCCUCUGAGACCCUUUUGCACUGUGCUCCCAGACUCCAUCAUCCAGCUGCUCCAGUGCUUUCCUCCCACGCCAGCCCAUUCCCUGGAGCAGAGCUGUGGGAUCCUGCUCAGCUGCUGGGGGGCUGCUGGCCAGCCCUGGCCCCAGCUCUGCUGCCUCUGUGGCACCUCCUGAUCCCCCCCUGCAGCACUGGUGUUUCUCCAGUCCUCAUCCUUGUGUCACUGAGAAUGACCAGGCGUCCUCUGCAGCCCACCAAUCCACUUGUCA